UGAAUUGUAAGUGCCAAACGGUAUCAAAACCAGAAAUCGCACGUAAUUUAAACAAAAUAUUUGUUUAAUACAUAAAAAUAAAAUGUAUGUGUGCAAAAAGGGAAAAUAGAAAUAAAGAACAAUAAAAUAUCAAUAACCCUAAAUAUGCAAAGAAAAGAAUAUACACACUAAAUGAUCAGUUCAACGAUGUUAAAACAAUUAUAGCUUAUAAAUUAUAAGAGCAAAUCGCGACCUGCAAUACCCUUUAACUUAAAAGUAAACUCAAAAUAUUGAAGAUCCUAUAACUCCAGUGACUCUCAAAUCGUGUAACAUGCCUAGUUCAACAGUGGCUGCACAACUGUGAAACAGCUGUAAAACGCGUUGCCAUAAAACACUUAGUGCCUCUCGUUCCAACGCAAUGCAACGCAGGCCAUCUCGCUCGGCGCUCUCUCCCUCGCUGUUCGGCGAAUUCAGACAAAAACAAACCAUUAAAAGCGCGGCGAAAAGAGCGCGUGCACUUGUCUGUCAAGAUUAUGGCGGUUUCAGUCACUUUGUUGCUGUUUCUGUGUGUUCUCUGUUAUUUUUUUCGCAUUUCGCAGCGACGGCGAAGAAGAAGAAGAGCGCCGACGGCAACUCCUAUUUUUCUUCAUGUGCCAUUUUUUUUGUUUUUGGCUUUCUGUUUCGGUUCUUGCUUGAGUGAGUGAGCGGGAGCGAGCGAGAUGGCGCCACAUCAAGUUGAUAUCGUGUCGUCGUCUUCAUCUUUUGCUGUCGCUCGUCGUUUGCGUUUGAUAAAUUGCGUUUAUAAGAAAGAGAUGAAUUGUCAUGCACACAACACACACUUCUCUGCCGGCGUCGACGGCGACGCCGACUGCGCUGCCGGCGUUAACAUCACUGUAGGUGUUCGCAAGUGUAUGCCUGUGUGUGUGUGCGAGUGUGUGCGUGAGUGUUUAAAUCAUAUUGGCUGGCCCCCCAAUUGGUGUGAGUGCACGUGUAUGGGUGAGCUUUCCCUCUCUUCCCUCUCUUUCGCUCGUCUGGGAUUGGAAGUUUCCAAAUGCAAUUUUCCUUGAGGUUUUCCCGAGUCGGUUCCUUUUCGGGUUUUCUUCUUUCAUUUGUUUUUUUCCCAUUUUUUUUUGGUUCGCUAGCUGGGUGGAGACCCAGCCCCCUAAACUCGCUCCCGGCCCCCCUUUGGACCCAACCCCUCCCAUUCGCUCUGCUCGCCUCUUGAUUAUUUUCCUUUUUUUGGGUGAUUUAAAUUUCAUGGUCCCUUCAAUUUGGCAAAGUUCUAAAUAUUAAAUUAAAUUCCUCUUUCAUUUGGGAAAAUUCUUGAGCUUUUCUGGAGCUGUCCAACGGCUUUAGGAACAUCUUUCAGAUUUUCCUGAUUUAAAAAGCAUAUUGACUCAACAGUAUAUGUAGUCAUAGUAAAGUUUAUUUAAAGCUUAUUAUUAAAGUAUUUUUUAUAGAACUCAUUAUAGAACAAAUUUCUAUGUUUAUAUUUGUUCUUCAGUCUUAAGACUUCAUAUUAAGAAAUAGUCAACGCUUUAUUUACAUUCUUGGAAAUGCAAGUUAUCUCUUCUUAUCAAGUUUCAUCGGAAAACAGUUUGUCACUCAGCGAAAUUCUGCGAACUUAGUAAAUUCUAGUCCUCGACUAUCACUUCCCAGGAAACCUCGAAUUUUCUCAAACAAAUAGACUUAAUUUUAUUAAAAUUUCGUGGGGAUCCUUGAACUUUGCUACCGCGUCGAUCGAUCUGCGGCUUUCGCAUUUAAUUUGGUCACUCAAGAGUCCGAGAAGUUCCCACACUUGGCGUUUGCCUAAUUUAUUGCACUUAAUUGAUUCGAUUUUAUGUGAUUUUUGUUUCACAUAAAUUACCCGACUUCUCGACCCAGCAGAAGCGCCAAAGUUGGCCGGCUGAAAAAAGCCAAAAGAAAGCGAGUCCCAAAACCAAAAAAAAAAAAAGAAGGAAAAGGGGGAAAGAGGGAAAAAGCAGCCGCAAAUCAAUCAAAGUCUCAUAAAUUUGUCAAAGUGUUGACGAGACGCAGAAACAGAGCACCUAUAUCAUGCAUAGCUCCCAAGAUUUCGGGGGUUUUGGGACUCCCGGAUGAAAUGGCAACCAGAUUAAGUGCAACAUCAUCUUUUUGACCAGCGAAAACAGACACGGGAAAUCCUUUUGGCGAGCGUCGGAAAACAAACAAGGCUAUUUUUCAUUUUCCUAAAAACGCCGGCCAAAUCGCCCCGUCUCUCUCGCUCGCCAGUAUCCCCGUCUCUUUCGGCGUAAUGGCAACUGCAGCGCCAAGCCAAAAAUACGCUGGUGAAAAAUGGCCUGGGAAUAUGUGUUAACUGCUUUUUAAACUGCCACGAGGACGACGACACGACAGUAACAAUAACAGCAACAAUAGACAGGAUUUCGGGCUGAAUACGAAGAUGGGCAUACCCUGGAUUUUGGGGAUCAGACUUGGUAAUUUGUUAAACAUUUUUCUGGUUAAAAUCACGGCUAAGUUAGCAAAACACUUGAUUGGAAAAUGGACCCACAAUACUCGUCGUGGAAAAAUUAGUAAAUUUGCAAUAUAUCAAUACCACCUUUUGCCGUUACAGGGUAUAUAGAAAACCAAUAUUAGUAGGUUCGCCAGACAGGAGAGCAGAAUGACCUGCAGAAUAUGCAAUUUUCGGUGAAUGUUUUUGACAAUUUAUCGCCGUGCCAUUUGUUGUUGUUCCUCAAGAAACAGAGGAAACAGAGAGAGGAGAGGCCCGAACAGCUGUUUGUUGUUGUCAGGAUCGCAUAUCCUUCCAAAGUGGCCAGAUCACCGUUACAAGCAAAAAAGAACGCCAUAAAGGAACUGCAGCGAAAAGUUUGUUUUCGUCGUCGCCGUUUCUUCCUCUUCUUCUCCUUAGAGUUUCUUCUCUUUUUUGCCGCUUUUCUUCGAAGGCGUUGCCUAUUCGCGCUGAAGUAUGUGUGUGCGAGUGUGUGUGUGGGGGGCCCGAGUGUGCCAAAAGAGAGCGAAAAGUGAGCGAAAGCUGAAGCUGAUGGACAACUGAAGCUUUCUCGCUGCCUUUCAACCUGUAAAGGUGCGGCGAAAGAGAGCCAAGCUGCCAACUGCCACUCACUCAAGCGAAAAUAACAAAUGGGAUUGGUUUUUGCUGAUUUUCGACGCUGACGCCGGCAGAGGGGCGAAAAACCCAUAAGCCGUCUCCUUUUGGCCAAAGCCAAAUAAAUUUCAAACGCGGCGAACAUUGCGCAAAAAGAGGCGAAAACUGAGAAUGAGAAAGAGAUAGAGCACCGCUGUACGGUACCGUAUAUGCAUGUGAAUGACAAGUGUGUGCAUGACAGAAGAGGCGUACCAACAAAUCAGUCAUCGUCGCCCAGGAUGCGAGAGCGCCUGCGCUCUCUCGCCGCCAGCAAUUCGCCGGAGCGUGCGCAUAAACCAUAUAUUCCUCUCGCUUGCACUCGCUGAGUUAUGGCCAUGAGCGAGUUAAUGGCACAAUUGUUGCAUCUGAACAGAGCGGGGCAGCUGCAUGAUUGACAAUCAUGCCGCACCGCUUGCACCCGUGUACUUUGCUGUUGUUUGCCGCUCAGCGCUCUCUUCGCUGUUAGUUAACAGCGAUGUUAGGAGUGGAAACACGUCCGACUGUAGCGUAAAUUCAAACGUAUCUGGCGGGUUGGUUUUUCGAUGAAAUAUCUUUCAUCCGCACAGUGUAUUUUUGACUGCGAAGCGCGUACGACGUGUGUCUGUGUUGCGUUGCGUUCGAAUAAAAAAGAGAAGAAAAGCGAAAAAGCGUUGCCGUCGGUGAAGUUUAUUAUUAUUAUGAUUAUUAUUAUUGCCCGUUAACCACGCGUUUUGCCAUCAAUCAGCAAAUAAACAACACAAGAAACACAUUGGAAAUCGCGCGCGUUUUUCCAUCGCGCGAACCAAACAAUCACGUUUUAAAGUGUGUUUUUCAAUCACAAUCGAAAAGUUCUUCUUUUCACAAAUUGAAGGCCCAAAUAAAUACUGUUAUUUGAGGGCCGCGGAGGGAAUUUCUUUCAACGAGGGGAUCCCGCCGAUCCCCCCGCAAAAAACAAAGAAACACGCAAUUUGCCGUCGCAAAAACACCACACAAUAUAUUGCAUUAUAUAUUAACAAUAUAAUUUGUUCAUCUCUAGUAACGUAGUAUGUAGAAGCAGCUGUGAUAAAUAGUGCGCAUAUUAUACGAAAAAAGCAAAAAGAGUAUACGACAAACAAAUAAAAAUUAAAAGCAACCACAACUACUACUAUAAAAAUAACCAAGGAAAAGGCAAGGAAACUCGCAAAAUAAGAGAGAACGAGGAAAGGGGAAAACGCCAUGGAUUUAUGACAACAACAAAUGCAACCCAGUAACAAAUGAUGUUGCAUCAACUACUACAAUACACGAGUAUACCAAGAACAACAACAACAACCACAACUGCAACGGCAACCAACAACAAAUUGUAUACGAUUUUUAUAAACCAAACAAAUGCUAUGUAAAUAAUUAUUAUAACAAACACACAAGUAAAAAACAUUCAGAAACAGAUCUCCCGCUCUAGAAAACAAACAACAAACGCGCGCGUAACAAAAACGAAAACAACAACAUCAACAAUACAACAAGUAUACAAACGUAAUAAUAAUACAUAAAAUCUAAACAAAUGUGCCUGUGUUAAAUAAAAAAGAAAGCAAAAUCAAGAAGCAAAGCGUUCAAAAAGCAAAGGCUUCCAAAUACAUGAAAAUAGUGCAAAACAUAUAAAACAAAAUCCCAGAAAAUAAAAUCCAAAACUAAAAGAACUGGAAAAGCCAAGAGCUAAAACUAAAGGACUUCAAGCGGGCAGCUACAGUAGAGCUUCCCUAUAACCGAAGCAGUUGCAGCGGCGGAGCGGAACGUCGGUCAGUGUGUUGCGCCCCCAUUUGUUGUUCCUACUGUAAAAAGUGGCACAAAUCGGGUUAGACGUCGCUCCCAGAGCAUUAAUGGCUCAGCCCAGGUACGACGAUGGCCUACACGGCUACGGCAUGGACUCCGGAGCCGCAGCAGCGGCCAUGUACGAUCCACACGCCGGUCACCGGCCGCCCGGACUGCAGGGCCUCCCCUCGCACCACUCUCCGCACAUGACGCACGCAGCGGCGGCGGCGGCCACAGUGGGCAUGCACGGCUACCAUUCGGGGGCCGGGGGUCAUGGAACACCUAGUCAUGUAUCGCCGGUCGGUAAUCACCUAAUGGGCGCAAUACCCGAAGUACACAAACGUGAUAAGGAUGCGAUUUAUGAACAUCCGCUAUUCCCGCUUUUGGCGCUGAUCUUCGAGAAGUGCGAAUUGGCCACAUGUACGCCGAGGGAGCCCGGGGUGCAAGGUGGCGAUGUCUGUUCGUCGGAAUCGUUCAACGAGGAUAUUGCAAUGUUCAGUAAACAGAUAAGAUCACAGAAACCCUAUUAUACCGCAGAUCCCGAAGUCGACUCACUGAUGGUGCAAGCAAUACAAGUACUUCGGUUUCACCUUUUAGAAUUAGAAAAAGUACACGAGUUAUGCGAUAACUUCUGUCAUCGGUAUAUAUCGUGUUUAAAGGGUAAAAUGCCAAUAGAUUUAGUGAUCGACGAACGGGACACCACCAAACCACCGGAGUUGGGAUCGGCGAACGGAGAAGGGCGCAGCAACGCCGACUCCACAUCGCACACCGAUGGAGCUAGUACACCAGACGUUCGGCCGCCGAGCUCAUCGCUGUCCUACGGCGGCGCAAUGAACGACGACGCCCGAUCGCCGGGCGCUGGUAGUACUCCCGGUCCACUGUCACAGCAGCCACCUGCCCUAGAUACAUCAGACCCUGAUGGUAAGUUCUUAUCAUCACUCAAUCCUUCAGAACUAACAUAUGAUGGACGAUGGUGUCGAAGAGAAUGGUCCUCACCUGCCGAUGCUCGCAAUGCAGACGCCUCCCGGCGAUUGUAUUCCUCAGUCUUCCUCGGUAGUCCUGACAACUUCGGAACGAGUGCAAGCGGUGAUGCCAGCAAUGCCAGCAUAGGAAGUGGAGAGGGCACCGGCGAGGAGGACGACGAUGCGAGCGGCAAAAAGAACCAAAAGAAACGUGGCAUUUUCCCAAAAGUAGCAACCAACAUAUUGAGAGCGUGGCUGUUUCAGCAUUUAACGCAUCCCUACCCAUCCGAGGACCAGAAGAAACAAUUGGCCCAGGACACCGGCCUAACGAUACUGCAAGUGAAUAAUUGGUUCAUCAAUGCGCGGCGGAGAAUCGUCCAGCCGAUGAUCGAUCAAUCGAAUCGUGCAGUCUAUACACCGCAUCCAGGUCCCUCCGGAUAUGGCCACGACGCCAUGGGCUACAUGAUGGACAGCCAGGCGCAUAUGAUGCACCGUCCGCCCGGAGAUCCGGGCUUCCACCAGGGCUAUCCGCAUUACCCGCCCGCCGAGUACUACGGCCAGCACUUGUAAUCCUCGUAAUCCGGCCCCGAACCGGAACCGGAAAUGGAACUGGAACUGGUACUGGAAAUGGAACUGGAACUGAAACUGCAGCCAGAGAGCUCUCCGACGGAAGCGAUCAAGCCAAAAUCAUAGCUUAAAUUUUACCACCACCCAACACUGGAGACAAAGGACGAAGGACGAAGGACGAGGUACGAAGGAGCUGAAUGAAUACACAAGGAUCCGAUCCCAAAACUAUAGCAUACCAUACCGCGUGGCAAUAUCAGUCAAGUAAUAGCAAACAAAAAACAACAAGCAAAGAACAACAAACGUAGUAAAAUCUAUACAAAAUGAUAUUAGCUAAGCAACAGCGACAACAACAACAAAAACAACAACAGCAACAUAAAGAACAACCACAACAACAACAAAAGAAAAACAGCAGAAUCCAGAACAACAAAAAGCACCAGCAACAACAAACCACAUCAAAAAGAAACCAGAAAUUUGAAAAGAAACUAUUUGUGUAUACCUUAAACAUAAAUAACAAAAGCAGAAAAAAGGGAAAAUAAAAGCAAGAAAAAAGAAAUAUUUAUGCAUAAACAAAAAUGAAACGCUUAGCUAUAAGUUAAAUAAACAAAAUAAAACCAGAACUCACACACACAUACACACACACACACAGACACACCGAGACGCAACACAACAAUUUGAAAUGCAAAUUUUUAUGUUCAAAGCUGCAGAGUGCAAAACACAACAUUUUAAAGCAUGAAUUUAGGCGCAGUCCAGAAAGGAUACAAAAUUGGAUAGGACAUACAAAAUUUAAGCGACAUUUCGUUCGGAUUUGUUAUAGAUUUUAGUUUGAAUUUAGAAAAUGCCCCGCCCCACCAGGAAAUCAAGGGAAAACCAAACCAAUAGCAGCAGCAGCAGCAGCGAAAUUCGAUCGAGUUUGAAUAUAAUUUGCGCAAUGGAAGGACGAGAGGAGAAUUCUUUGCUAGUUCUUAGUUUCAUUUUAGUUAUGUAACAAGUCAGUUGUAGUAACGCUUUGUUUUCUAUACCUUUACGCAUAUGUAUAUGUACAUACAAAACAAAUCGAUAACAAACUAUAGAUACUAUACAUACAUACGUACAUCUACGUUUAGGCGAUAGCACCCUACUAUAUAUCCUACGUUUAGACGAUUAAUUUAAAUAAAUUGAAUUGUUUUCUAAUUUUAUGCCUUGCAACACUUAAGUAAAAACGAAAUGGAAUUUAAUUUUUACAAAAGGGAAAGAUGAUCACUAGACGAGGAACAUUAUGAUUUGAAUUUGUUUUAGAGUUUUCAUUGUGUGCGGAUCUUGUAGUAUUAUUUUCCAACUGAAGCACACCGACCGAUUUGAAUAUAUGAAUAUAUAUAUUAAUAUGUAUAUGUAUAUGUAUGGAUUUUAUGCGAGAAACAAACAGUACGAUACAAAUAAUGGCAUAGGCAUAUACAUAACUCUGAAUAUGUAUACGUAAUAUUAAUAAUAAAUUAUGCUUACGUUUAAACUGUACUUUUAUUUAUGUAUUCUAAUUUGUAUGCGUUAAUCCUUAGUUAACUAUUAUUAUUAUUAUUACAUUUACUUAAUUAAUGAUUUAAAUUUAACUAAUUCAAGAGGAUAGAAUUGUACGAGAGAUGAUUUAUUGAUGAAAACAAAAAUGCAUAUAUGAGAAAAUAUUUGAAAAAAUAAUCCUUUUCGUGUUUUUAUUUGAUUUUGGUUAUGAUUUCUUUUCAGCGCGGGCAAAUACUUAUGUUUUUGUUGGGGGGAUAUAGACUCCAAGAGCCUUAUCUCCUCUCCCAGGAUAUGUUUAUUUUUAUUCCUGUUGGAUCUUUUGGCAAACGCGUCACAUGCUAAGGAACUGAAUUGAAUUUACAUUGCUUGUGAAUCUGAUUAAUCUUAAAUGGUAACGAAUAUACGUAAAUGCAGAGGGCAACAAAUUGAAAUUUAAGUAUUUAGUUUGAAACUUAUUAACUAUGAAUAGAUUGAAGGUGAAGGUGUGGAAAGCGAGUACCUAUUUUGAAAAUACAAACGCGAAUUAAGAUGGAUUACUUAGCCUGCUCUUUGAACGAAACUUGAGCUUCUUUUGCAUGGGAACCCAACAUUUUAUUGGCAUACACACUUAGGCAAACUCAUCUAACUUCUUACCGACUACACUCGAAACAAUCACUCAAAUGUAUACGAACUUCUCUAAGAAUCCCCAAGGAUGAAAACCUUAUGCGAAUUUUUUGCACCUAACAAGCGAAGCGAUAAAUUUAUUUACAAAAUUUUGCUAAAUUGCAAAUGCUGUAAUUGCGAAUAGAAAUUGAAAUUGAAAUUGAAUUAAAGGUAAAUCGAACAUUUUCACAAUUAUACAUCAGAACUAUACGAUAUACGAGUACGAGUACGCAUCGCUAGUAAUUUAUUAGACAUAUAUAUAAAGUAGUUAAAUAAUCGACCCAACAAUUGACUUGAGAAACGUUUAAACGCAAACGCAAACGCAAAUUGUACAGAACGCCUUAAAUGAGAAACCAAAGUGGAAGCAUUGAAUGAAUGAAUGAUGUAUACGAGUCUAUAUACAGAACAUAAACUAUACCUAGUUAUACCUAACUAAAUUUUAAUAAAUCUCGAAUAGUAUAUAUAUAUAAAUAUAUAUAUAUAUAUAUAACUAUAUAUCAUACACUUUAUGGCUUAAGAAAAGGGAACCAAAUGCAGUCGAGUCGGAAGGCAGUGAGUGAUAUCCCCCACAGUUGUUGGAUCUGAGAAUUCCCGAGAGUUUCUAAGUAUUUUGUAUGAGCUUCUUUUAUAUGCCCCUUCAACAUUCGAUCGUGGGGAUGUUCAAUAUCUGAUCCAGAGUAUCGUAUCUGGGGGAUAUGCUGCUCGCUGCGCCGAACCGACAAAAGCUUGUAAAUUAAAUCAGUGCGAUUGAUUGUGAGGGGGGAUAUGGCAAUAUUUGUGCGUAUCGGAUCGAUGUGGAUAAGCACCCACAAUAAUCCAGAUAAUGAGCUAUACGAUUUAUAAUACGCAUUGUAUAUGGGACGGACGAACUCAAAGGCUUUUUCGUUUGAAAUCAUUUGCGUGUCGGAAUUUAAAUUAAAAUGUGAUUUUUCUCGAAACUUUAAUGUAUACGCCGUAAAUAUUAUGAAUAUGAUUAUAAAGUGCUGCAGCAACAUUAUUAUUACCAUUAUGAUUAUUACUAUUGAUAAAUCGAUUAAAAAUUUACAUAUUCAAGUGUAAUGUAUGUAAUAAAUAUUGUACAUUUUUGAUAACUUCCCCGUAGACUACACUGUAAAUAUAUCGCAACCUUUGCAUACAUCACCCACACUUAAGUACAUUACACUAAUUGUAGAGCUAAGUUUAAACCUAAUCUAAAGCUAGAUCCUAGCGAUAAAUGGUAAGGGACGAUAGGGCGCAGAAAUGCAACCCUGAGCAUAGACUAAAAUGCACCAGAAGUAAAUUAACAAAGGACAUGUUAAAAUGAUUGAACAAUUUAUACAACUUACCCACGCGACAGCAUCAAGUAAAUCCAAAAGAAUGAAAGAGCUAGAAAUAGAAUGAGACACUUGCGAGAAAGAGAGAGCUAGCGAGCGAGCGAGCGAGACAGAGCACUGGAGUUAGAAAGGGAGAGCUAACUCUGAAGUGCGAAAUGCAGAAAUUAAAUCAAUAAAACAAAAGAAAAGCAAGGAAAGGAAAACUCUAAGAAGUAAAAACUAUAAAUAUAUUUAUAUGGAGAAUUGAAUUAAAUAAAUGUUUGUGCGUGUAAAAAUUAACUUUAACUAAAUUGCUAGACUUAAAGGCCAGAAUGAAUUAAAUAUAAAUAUAUUGAAAGGAAACAGUAUCAUUAAAUUAAUUAACUAAUUGAAGCUUCUAUGUAAAGAACUAAAAACCAAUUAACGAAUUCCUGAACUUGUUGGCGCCCCAAAAUCGCCAGAUAAAAGGCGUAGGAACCACAAGGGCGAAACAGAAUAUGGGGAAAUAUUGAACAUAAUUUUCAACUGUAAUAAAUUAUGAAAUAAAAGAUUAUGAAAACCAA